AUCGGGAAUUUUAAACGCACAGUAGGAAGUACAUUUUAUUCAAAUAUAUUGUGUACAAUAAAUUUUCUGUCAGUUGAUCAUCUGAAUCACAUUGAUCUACUAUGAAGACAUUGCCACGUCUAUAAAUGGAAAGUAAUCUGACAACACCUUCACCAGAGUGGCCCUCACCGGCCCCGGCUUCUCUUUUGCUAGUUCUGGGAGUUGUGGGCAAUACCCUGGCUCUGACUAUCCUCUGCUGUUCUGCCAAAACUCACAAAUGGCGUCCAUUCUACCGUUUUGUUUGUGGACUCGCCAUUACGGAUGGGGGCGGAGUGUUCCUGUCCUACCCCCUCGUCAUGGUCCGAUAUGCCUCUAAUUUCCAGUAUGACUAUCCGCAAGCAAUGUGUGACUAUAUGGCAUUUAUUUUGAUGUUUACAAUUUUGGGCUCGGCACUAAUCGUGUGCGCCAUGUCUCUGGAUCGGUUUCUAGCGAUUCUUUAUCCACAUGUGUAUAAUACACCGACGAAAAACCGCAGAGCUAUAAUAAUGAUAUUGGGAAUUUGGAUUUUUUCAGCCUUCAUAUCGAGCCUCCAUUUAAUGGCCGGUCGAAGGAGCCUAAGUUUUUUCCCAGGCUCGUGGUGUUUUUUAGACUUUGUGCAUGAUACUGUGGUGGACAGGGUGCUAGCCUUUCUCUACUCGCUGAUCGGGAUUUUGAUUCUAACUACCACUGCAAUGUUGAACAUGACAGUCAUCGUAAACGUCUGUCGUAACAUCCGACAGAAGAGGAAGAAGACCAAAAAGAAAGACGUAUACAUAAUCGGUUUUCUCAUGUUGAUUGUCAUCCUGUUCAGUACAUGUAUUACGCCUCUUUUAAUAAACAUCUUUGGCCAUGCAGUCGGAACUAUAUCUGGAAAUGGGCAGUUUGAACUGGUUGCGUUACGCAUUUCCGUGACAAAUUCAAUCGUUGAUCCUUGGAUCUAUAUUGUGUUUCGGAAGAGUACGGUUGAAUUUUUCCAGCGUAAGGCAUUAAAAUGGGGGAUUGUUCCGCGGUCGCUUUCUAGUACUGAUGCGCCAUCCUCCACAAAGGAAACUAGUGGUACUCAAGAAUCUUCCCACGAGACAUCUACAAUAUAAUUUGUUGUAAAGGGAAAUCAACCUCAGAUAAAUGGAGCAUGUCAUUGUUGUACAUUGCCGGGUUUAUUUUAUCUUUACAAUCACGUUAUGUUCAUUACAGUUCGAAACAUGGAAUGUCAACUACUGACAGUUUAACGCAAAAGGAAAACAUUUUUCAAUGGAAUGUACUACAGUGUAUUAUGAAAUUGUAGUUUAGUAUGUAUUAUUAUUUAGAUAUUGCGGUAUAUUUUAAUUAGUAUUCAUGAUAUUGUGGAAGGUUGGGAAAUAAAGGAAGAGACAGGCUAA